UCGGUUGAGGAGGCGCGGUGCGGCUAAGAUGGCGGCGGCGGUGGUGGCAGCAGGAGGAGUCGUGGAGGUGGCGAUGAUGAUGGCGACCGUAGUGUCGGCGGCGGCGCUGGUGUCGGAGAGAGUGGCUGUGGCAAUAUGAAGCGAGGUGGUCCCGGUGGCUGAGGAUCGGUCUUCCUUCGUCGUUCAACACACAAAAAAAAUUAUAAUCUGCAGCCGAGGGAGGCCUCUGCUUCUCUGCUCAUGCGAAGUUUUUUUCUUUCGGGGGAGGGAAGGAAACACAGUGUAGAAUUGAAACAAGACAGUUUACUGAAAUAACAUAAAUGAUGAAAUUAAAGCAAAACCAGACUCGGACUUACGAUGGGGACGGGUACAAGAAGCGAGCGGCCUGUUUGUGCUUCAGAAACGAGAGUGAAGAGGAGGUUCUGUUGGUCAGCAGCAGUCGGUAUCCAGACAGAUGGAUCGUUCCAGGUGGUGGAAUGGAGCCUGAUGAAGAACCAAGUGUGGCUGCUGUCCGAGAAGUCUGUGAAGAAGCUGGAGUCAAAGGGACAUUAGGAAGAUUAGUAGGAAUAUUUGAGAAUCGAGACAGGAAGCAUAGAACAUAUGUAUAUGUUCUGGUAAUAACAGAGGUGUUAGAAGACUGGGAAGAUUCAGUUAAUAUUGGGAGGAAAAGGGAAUGGUUUAAAAUAGAUGAUGCCAUUAAAGUUCUUCAGUGUCAUAAACCUGUACAGGCGUCGUAUUUUGAAACCUUCAAACAAGGCUAUUUGGCAAAUAACGGAACUCCUGUUGUUGCAACAUUAUCUGAAGAAAAGGCCUCAACAUAUGCCAAUCAGAGUUCAGUAUCGAGUAUUAGAUGACUGAGAGGAGCUCCACAGUAAUUGUCUUAUCAUACAUCGAGUCCCAAAGGCAUGGACUUGAAACAUGUUCAGUGAAAGAAUGUUUGAUCUAGUUUGCUUCUAUACAUUGUACAUGUAUAAAUAAAUUUUGCAUGAAGAUCUGCGCAAUGUUGAUAACGAUACUUUAUAUUGUGAUGUAAGAUAUAGUGCUGAAGAUCAAAGCCAUAACUAGUAAGUUUUUUUUGUUAGAUAUUGUAUAUUUUUGAUAGGAUUGUGAAAUUAAGGUACCAGUGUUACAUCCAGUUGUCCCCAAGGUGUUAUCCUAUAGAAUUGCUAAUUGUGAGGUGACUUGGAUUUCAACCUAGGGAUAUUGUUUGGGUGCCAAAUGGGUAUUGAUUUUAGUUCUCUGCAACUUUUUAUAUAUAGCUUUUGUAAAUUUUUUUGCCAGCUUUAUCACCUGCACAACUGCUGUUUACGUUUUUAAAAAGAUGGAAGCAAUGGAACUGUUGAUCACUGACCUGAUGUUUUUGGAAUAACAUUCGUGACAAAAUUUCAUCACAGUACUUUUGCUAGCUUGUACAAAAACUGCUGAAUAAGGCCUUUAAAGCAUUUUACAUUACGUAAGACAAGUUCAAGCCAUGCAUAUUGGGUCUUACUGUCUGUGGAGCUUUGGAUUUUAUUCAGUUUAUCAAUACACUUUUGUGUCUUGGCUUAAUUUUUCCUAAUCUCCACUAUUCUCCCUAUUCCAUCCUACACUGGAGUUAAAGGAUGUUCUUUGCAGGCAAUUCAAGGUCUUAACAGAGCUGAGAAUUUAGUGUUUUGAAUUUUCUGACUGUGUUUUUGUUCUUGCAAUUUAAAAAUGACACUGUAUACUAUUUAAGCACUUCAACUGCAUAACCUGUUUUUUUUAUUCCAAUUUUGGAUUAGUAAAAUGUGGAACAAGAAUUACCAGUACAUUACACUUGCCUCUUUUUUUUAAAAUAUUUCUUUUUUUUUACUGAGACACAAAAAUAUAACACUGUUUCUUUUGAAAUGAGUGUUGUUGAUCAUCAAUAUAAUUUCAGCCUAUUUAAUUGAUUUAGUUUUAUUUUUAAUCAAUACAGAAAUCUCAUCGCCGUAGAAUAUUGUUCUCAAAUCUUGUACAGUCUGUGAGCUAACAACAGAUUGUACCUCAUAUUCUCAAUGGAGAAAGAAACAUUGCUGGAGGUAAAAACCCUUUUCUCAAUAGAGAGAUUCGUUUAAUUUUUUUUGAAACUCGUCACAACCAGACAGAUAUCCCUUUAUCUAGUUCAGUCAGUUUAAAAGUAGUGUAAAUAAAUGUUGACUAGUGUAGUACUGUGGAAGACUAACAUCAUUGUACAAAUUAUUUUUUGCAACUUUUCCCAAUCUCAUUUUUUUAAGAUGUUUGAAAAUUUGAAAGUCUAGAACAAUUGCUGUGCACAGGUGAAGAAGACUUGAAUCCCUGGCUCAGUUGUGAGGGUUUAAAGCAAACUGGAGCAACGUCAGAAAACUACGUUUCCACUAAAACAUUACCCUAUUCUCUAGUGAUAUUUAAAAAUGACAGCUAUUAUUUAGUUGUUUACUCGCACUCUAGCAGAUUUUCAGGUAUGUACUUAUGUGACAAAUGAAGUUUCAGUCAAUGUAAAGUUGAGUACUCAAUCUUAAAGCUGCAUUGUAAUUUUGAAGAUCAAAUAUGAAAAUCUUAUGCAGAAGUGAAGCCAAUGGAAUCUGUCGAUUAUGACCACUUAAUGCUUUCAACUUUUAUCUGCAAUUAAUGCACUGUGUAUACAUGCCAUUUUUGGUGCUUUCCUGUGUAAAGCCUUAGAUGGAAGGGAUAAUUGCUAGAUUUUACAAUGGUCAAUAUUGUUAGGGAUAUAAGACAAUUAUCCUGCCCUUCACAUUUUAAUACAACCUUUAUACAACAAUUGAAGAGAUUCGGUCACUGGAGGAAGUAUCUUAUUUUCCCUGACUUGAGUGUGAUGCAAACAAGGCAAGAGAUUGAAGAUUGUAAUAAACCUGUGCCAACAAAUAAAAACUCACCAGUAUUUCAGAAA